CGUCUCUUUGGCCGGGCUACGUGUUGCGCAUGCGCGCUGGGCUCCGCCUUUUCCCCCAGCGCUACGGAUUGCGGACGUUUCGCUGAGCGGCCCUCGGCCUCAAGCGAAAGGGGACAGAACCGGGAAAUAUGGGGUUCGUAAAAGUAGUCAAGAACAAGGCCUACUUCAAGAGGUAUCAGGUCAAAUUCCGAAGAAGGAGAGAGGGAAAGACCGAUUACUAUGCUCGCAAACGUUUGGUGAUUCAAGAUAAAAACAAGUACAACACCCCUAAAUAUAGGAUGAUUGUGCGUAUUACCAACAGAGAUAUAAUUUGCCAGAUUGCAUAUGCCAGAAUUGAAGGCGACAUGAUUGUCUGUGCUGCAUAUUCUCAUGAGCUGCCAAAAUAUGGUGUGAAAGUAGGCUUGACCAACUACGCUGCUGCCUAUUGCACGGGCCUGCUGCUGGCCCGCAGGCUUCUCAACAAAUUUGGCCUUGAUAAGAUCUACGAAGGCCAAGUUGAAGUGACUGGUGAUGAGUAUAAUGUCGAAAGUGUGGAUGGGCAACCUGGUGCCUUUACAUGCUAUCUGGAUGCUGGUCUUGCUCGAACCACAACUGGGAACAAGGUCUUUGGUGCUCUGAAGGGAGCUGUGGAUGGUGGUCUCUCAAUUCCACACAGUACCAAGCGCUUCCCUGGUUAUGACUCAGAGAGCAAAGAGUUUAACGCAGAGGUCCACCGCAAGCACAUCAUGGGUCAAAACGUUGCAGAUUAUAUGCGUUACUUGAUGGAGGAGGAUGAAGAUGCUUAUAAGAAACAGUUCUCCCAAUACAUAAAGAAUAAUGUGACACCUGACAUGAUGGAAGAAGUGUACAAAAAAGCCCAUGCUUCAAUACGUGAGAAUCCAGUCCAUGAAAAGAAACCGAAGAGGGAAGUCAAAAAGAAGAGGUGGAACCGUCCGAAGUUAUCCCUUGCCCAGAAGAAAGAUCGUGUGGCUCAAAAGAAGGCUAGCUUCCUUCGGGCCCAGGAACGUGUGGCUGAUAGUUAAGAUGCCUUCCAUAAUUUUCUAUGAAGAUUUUGGACAACAAAAUAAACUUAUUGAACCAA